CCUCCCCAUUUUUCUCUCUCGGAUAUAAUGCCGGCAUAAGACAACAGCGACAGAGAACAACAGCAAUCUUUGUCCUUGUUGAUAAGCUGCCGGGGUUCUUUCUACCUUGCUGACCCUUCUGGAUAUAUUUUUUUUCUAUCAUAAAGCUAGCUGCACAAAAAAAGAGACAUGGUCUCGAACAGCAAGAUCGAGAAGAAAGCGGACGGCGCCAACCCGGACCAGCUCACUGCCGCUUUCGGCAGGCAGUUGUCGUUGGCUUCCCGCUCCAUUCACGCAGAUGACUACACCAACACUCAUGUAGCUGUGGCGCCGCCCAUGCACGUCUCGACAACCUAUCGGUACCCAAGAAACCCUGACGAGCUGGUUCCCUGGUCCGAUGUCGACCCCAACGACUGGGAGGACUUUUACAUCUACUCCCGUGAGAAGUCGCCAAACACCACGCGGUACGAGGCCAUCCUCAGCUCGCUUCUGGGCGGCCCGGUCGUCUCGUACGCGUCCGGGCUGGCCGCCUUCCACGCCAUGAUCGUCUUCCUCAACCCCAAGCGGGUCGCCAUCGGCGGCGGCUACCACGGCUGCCACGGCAUCCUCAAGAUCCUGAAGAAGCUCAACGGGCUAGAGCAGCUCGAGCUCGAGGACGAGGCCGACCUGGCCAGGCUGCAGCCGGGCGACGUGAUCCACGUCGAGACGCCGCUCAACCCGACGGGCGAGGCGCGCGACCUGGAUCACUACCGCCGCAAGGCCGACGAGCUGGGCUGCUACCUGACCGUCGACGCCACCUUUGCGCCCCCGCCGCUGCAGGACCCGUUCCGCCACGGCGCCGACAUUGUCAUGCACAGCGGCACCAAGUACUUUGGCGGCCACAGCGACCUGCUCAGCGGCGUGCUGGCCAUCCGCCCGGACCGCGCCCUGCCCCGGGACGGCCGGCCCGGCUGGCUGGCCGGCCUGCGCGAGGAGCGGCUGCACCUGGGCGGCGUCAUGGGCAACUUCGAGUGCUGGCUGGGGGUGCGCAGCCUGCGGACGCUGGAGCUGCGCGUGCGGCGGCAGAGCGACAACGCGGCGCGCCUGGUCGGCUGGCUGGCCGAGCAGAGGCGCGCCGGCGGCAACGUCGUCGCCGACCUGGUCCGCCAGAUCCGGCACUCGUCGCUGCAGCCCGAGGCGGCCGACCCGGACUCGUGGCUGUCCCGCCAGAUGCCCAACGGCCACGGCCCGGUCUUCUCGCUCCUGCUCAAGUCCGAGGAGCACGCCCGCCGGCUGCCCAGCAAGCUGUCCCUCUUCCACCACGCCACCAGCCUCGGCGGCGUCGAGAGCCUGGUCGAGUGGCGCGCCAUGAGCGACUCGUCGGUCGACCGGAGCCUGGUGCGCGUCAGCAUCGGCGUCGAGGGGUGGGAGGACCUGCGGGACGAUCUGCUCCGGGGGCUGCAGACCCUGAGCGAGGAGCUGAAGGAUUGAAGGCGAAGGACGUAUCACUAACAUUAGAGAUAGACAGAAGAAAAAAAGAUAGAAGGAGAGAAUUAAGAAAAAAAGAAACGUUUAAAGCGAUUGGCAUUGCCAAUGAUUAACUUUGUAACUCGUCAUUACUUGCUACCGUUAAGUCGUGAUAUAUAUGUGCGUUUGUGUGUGUGUGUGUGUGUG